UGAGAGAGUGAGAGAAGGAGGGGAGAGAGAGAGAGAGAGAACGAGAAUCUACUCUAAAGGGACAGCGGAUAAAUGCGGAGACAAACAUAGACCCAGGGUGUCCGUAUGGAUAGAUGCAGAGACAGCUAACCUGAUCGGGAGAAAGAUCUGUUUGUGAGUGAAUAAAGAUUGGACCUGAUCACUGUGACCGCUCAGUGUUCUUUAUCCAAACAUAAGAGAUUACAAUCUAGAAAUCCACACAAACAACAGGGCCAGCCAUGAACACGCACGAGUCAGAGGUGUACACGGUGGCGCCGGAGAUGCCGGCCAUGUUCGACGGGAUGAAGCUGGCAGCCGUCGCCACCAUACUGUACAUCAUUGUCCGAUGUCUGAAUCUGAAAAGCCCCACUGCCCCCCCGGACGUCACAUACCAGGACACAGCGCUCAAUCGCUUCCUGCUUAAAUCCUGCCCUCUCCUGACCAAAGAAUACAUCCCUCCGCUGCUGUGGGGAAAAAGUGGCCAUUUACAGACAGCUCUGUAUGGAAAGCUGGGCCGGGUGAGUUCACCACACCCAACUGGCCUGCGCAAGUAUCUGCCCAUGCAGGAUGGCGCCACAGCGACCUUUGAUCUCUUCGAACCUCUGGCGGAUCAUCAGAGCGGAGCGGACGUCACCAUGGUUAUCUGCCCAGGCAUCGGGAACCACAGUGAGAAGCACUACAUCCGUACUUUUGUGGAUUACUCGCAGAAACAAGGCUACCGCUGUGCCGUGCUCAAUCACCUCGGGGCCUUGCCUAACAUUGAGCUGACGUCCCCUCGCAUGUUCACAUAUGGCUGCACCUGGGAGUUUGCUGCCAUGGUGGGAUACAUAAAGAAGACAUACCCCCAGAGCCAACUCAUCGUCGUGGGCUUCAGUCUCGGUGGCAACAUUGUCUGCAAAUUCCUGGGGGAGAACCAUGCCAAUCAAGAGCGCGUGUUGUGCUGCGUGAGCGUGUGCCAGGGUUACAGUGCAUUCAGGGCUCAGGAGACCUUUCUACAGUGGGACCAGUGCCGGCGCUUCUAUAACUUCCUCAUGGCUGACAACAUGAAAAAGAUCAUUCUGUCGCACAGGAGCAGUCUGUUUAGAGGAGGCUCUCCUAAGGUGAUAGAUGCAGAUCUGAGACGCCUUUACACUGCCACCUCUCUCAUGCAAAUUGAUGACAUCAUCAUGAGAAAGUUCCAUGGACACGAUUCCUUAAAAGAGUACUAUGAGAAGGAGAGCUGUGUGCACUACAUUCACAAUGUUAAUGUUCCGCUCUUGCUGGUAAACUCUGCUGAUGACCCACUCGUACACCAGUCUCUUCUCGCCAUCCCACGCACACUCUCAGAAAAGAAAGAGAAUGUGAUCUUUGCCCUCACGCUGCAUGGUGGCCACCUGGGCUUCUUCGAAGGUGCCGUUCUCUUUCCACAACCGCUCACCUGGAUGGACAAGGUCAUUGUAGGGUACGCCAACGCCAUCUGCCAGUGGCAGAAGCAGAAGCCUACAUGCCAAAGCCAGGAUGACCAAGCCUCAGGAGGCACAUGCCUGAACACUGAUUCCUAAACUUUGACCCAUGCCCUCUGUCGAUUCAUGCCCAUUCUCCACCAAACCACUCAGAUCUUUCUGACUGGUCUCAUUGUAUUCACAAAAAAGCAUCUUUAUGAUCAGUAGUAGAGAAAAUGUUUGAUAUGUAGGGGAUCACUCACAUGUAUGCUGGCACAUAGACGUUAGAAAGGAUGAUAUCAGGGCGGCGUUAUGCAUAUACCAUAUUUUCUAGACCCAAAGAUGCUAAUACAGUGAUGCUAAUAUAGACUCAUAUAUUAUAUAUAGGGGUGGCCCAAAAGUCUGGAUCGUUAUGUGAAAUUUGAUAUUUUUCUUUUUUUUUUACAUCCAAUAUAACUAACUAAUAGAAAGUUGAAUAAAGACACAACACCAGACUUAUUCCUGUUCUUCACGUAAGGGUGAAGUCAGUGGUCUAUCAGCAUCAGCCGACAACAGUCAUUGCAGUAAAGGAAGAAACCAUCUCUACGUGUAACACGAUCAGUUCUAAAAGGUUAUAAAAUUCCCGAACCCCAAAUAUACACAGGUACUGUAAAAGAGGCAUGUGUCAAAUUUAUAUAUUUAUGAAUAAAUGUUUUGGCUAUGGAUUUACACUUAUGGACCACCCAGUAGUUCGCAUCAGACUAAUUAUAGUACAUUUGUAUAAGUUGUUAUUUUUAUUUAUUUUUUAUUAUUAUUAUUAUUAAUGAAAAGGACCUUAGUGUGACACUAACAUAACGAAAAGCUUUCAGUAUAUGUAUGGCACCCAGGGGAAGGAACAUUUUGACUUUUAAUACUAUAUAUGGUAGACUUUUCUGAUCUACAUAUAAAAUUAAAGCACUUUAAAAUCAUGUUACCCCUGAAGAAAAAAAAAAACAUAAUUUAAAGAU